AAUGGUUUAAAAAACGUGUGUAGUGGUGAUACUGGUCAUUUUCCACAAAACAUUACUAAUAAUUUGUGAAAAUGGCAAAUAUUUGAAUAUUUAUUGAUUUUAUUGAUCUUUGUUAAGAAAAAUAUCCUGAAAUUAAAAAUUUAAUGGGUCAUGAUUGGAGAAUAGCAGUUCAAGCAAUAUUUUGUGUAUUAUUACAAAUAAUUACGGCCAUAUUAAUACGUCAAUCAUCAUGGAAAUUAAUUUUUCUUGUUGCUUACAUUGUUGGAGGAACAAUAAAUCAUUCAUUAUCAUUAGCCCUACACGAAUUAACACAUAAUUUAGCGUUUGGACAUUCAAGACCAAUGUGUAAUAGAAUACUUGGAUUUAUUACAAAUUUACCACUAGGCGUUCCAGCAUCAAUCACAUUAAAAAAAUAUCACCUUGAUCAUCAUAGAUUUCAGGGAGAUGGUGUGUACGAUACAGAUAUACCAACGAAUCUAGAAGUAAUGUUAUUUUCAACACGUCUAGGAAAAUUUAUAUUUUUGAUAAUAAUGCCAUUACUAUAUUCAUUUCGUCCAAUGUUUGUUUUACCAAAAGCUAUUCAUUUAUUAGAAGUCGUUAAUUUUAUAACAGCAUUUUCAUUUGAUUUUAUAAUGUACUAUUAUUUUGGAGGAAAAGCAGCAACUUAUUUUAUAUUAAGUACAAUAUUAGGACUAUCAGUACAUCCACUUUCAGGACAUUUUAUUGCUGAACAUUAUGUAUUUACAGAAGGACAUGAAACAUAUUCUUAUUAUGGUCCAUUGAAUUGGAUUACUUACAAUGUGGGAUAUCACAAUGAGCAUCAUGAUUUUCCAUUUAUACCCGGAUAUAAAUUACCAAAAGUACGUCAAAUAGCCGCUGAGUAUUACGAUAAUCUACCACAUUAUGAUAGUUGGACAAAAGUUUUAUAUGAUUUUGUUAUGAAUCAAGAUGUUGGUCCAUGGUCCAGAGUAACACGUCCGAGUAAAAUGGGAAAAUCUGUUGUUAUUAGUCAACAAGAAUAUGAAAAGCAAGUAGCGAAAGCUGAAAACUAG